AUGGCCGCCCUCGGCGAAGAUCUGCUCUCCACGGUCAACAAGCUGCAGGACCUGGUGUUCAACACCAUCGGCAGCGACUCUCUCGAUCUCCCGCAAAUUGUCGUCGUGGGAUCCCAGUCCGCCGGAAAAUCUUCCGUCCUCGAGAACAUCGUCGGCCGCGACUUUUUGCCUCGAGGCAGCGGCGUCGUGACUCGACGACCGCUGAUCCUUCAGCUCAUCAACAUCAUAGAGGACGAGUCUGGCCCCGAGCCCUACCCCGAGUCCUACAACGACCCCUACCGCUCGCCUGGAGCUGCGCGCCGCGGAGAAUGGGCCGAGUUCCACCACAUCCCCAAUAGAAGAUUCACCGAUUUUAUAGAUGUCAAGCGAGAAAUCGAGAAUGAGACGUCUCGAGUUGCCGGUACCAACAAGGGUAUCAACAGACAGCCCAUUAACCUGAAAAUCUACUCGCCGCAUGUCCUCAACCUGACGCUGGUUGAUCUCCCCGGCUUGACCAAGGUACCCAUUGGUGAUCAGCCAAGUGAUAUUGAGAAACAAACGAGAAACUUAAUCUCCGAGUACAUCGCCAAGCCAAACAGUAUCGUCCUGGCUGUCUCACCGGCCAAUGUCGACCUCGUCAACUCGGAGGCUCUGAAGCUUGCCCGGCAUGUGGAUCCUCUCGGCCGGAGGACCAUCGGCGUUCUCACCAAGCUUGACUUGAUGGACCACGGCACCAAUGCUCUCGACAUUCUGUCCGGCCGAGUGUACCCAUUGAAGCUCGGGUUCAUUGGCGUGGUGAACCGCUCCCAGCAGGAUAUCCAAGGCAACAAGCCCAUGGAUGAUGCUCUGAAAGCUGAAAACGAAUUCUUCAAGCACCACCCAGCCUAUCGUAACAUCUCUAGCCGAUGCGGCACCAAAUUCUUGGCCAAGACGCUUAACACGACUCUUAUGGCACACAUUCGAGAGCGUCUGCCCGACAUCAAGGCGCGCCUCAACACUUUAAUGGGCCAAACACAACAGGAGCUCGCCGGUUACGGCGACAUGCAUUUCAGCGGAAAGGAGCACCGAGGCUCUUUGAUUCUGCAGCAAAUGACGAGAUUCGCAACCUCAUUCAUCUCCUCCAUUGACGGUACUUCCACCGAAAUCUCCACCAAGGAGCUUUGCGGUGGUGCCCGUAUCUACUACAUCUUCAACUCUGUUUUUGGAAGCUCAUUAGAUACCAUUGACCCCACGUCAAAUCUGUCAGCAUUGGAUAUUAGGACGGCAAUCCGCAACUCCACUGGUCCUCGACCCAGUCUGUUCGUGCCCGAAAUGGCCUUCGACCUUCUCGUCAAGCCCCAAAUCAAGCUUCUAGAGAUUCCUAGCCAGCGCUGCGUCGAACUUGUUUACGAAGAACUCAUCAAGAUCUGCCACACUUGCGGCUCAGUAGAACUUUCCAGAUUUCCGAGGCUCCAGGCCAAGCUUAUCGAGGUUGUAUCAGACCUUCUGCGAGAGCGACUAGGCCCUUCCUCACAAUAUGUUGAGUCGCUCAUCUCUAUUCAGCGUGCGUACAUCAACACAAACCAUCCCAACUUCUUGGGCGCCGCGGCAGCAAUGGGCAACGUUGUCAGCGCUAAACAGGAGCGGGAGCGCAAGAGGUUCAUUCUGGAGGAGCGUGAUCGCCGAGAGAAGCGACGCCUCAAGGAGGUGGGCGGCCCCAACGGCACAGACGCGCAUGAGGACAGUGAAGACAGUCCGGUCGCUGAGCGGGCAGAGCAGCCCAAUCUUCGCAAGCUCGCAACGUCAAAACCUUCAAGGAGCAUGUCGCCAGCUGUCCACCAAGAUGCCAUGGUUGGCCUCGGAGCAUCCCUGAAUGGCAUUCGCCCGUCAUCUCCAGGCAUGAACGGACAAGGCAUUGGCGGCACCCGCGAUACGUUUUUGAACUACUUCUUUGGCAAAGAUGGCAUGACGCCAAUGAGCGCCCCCAUCACUCCCACCACCAACGGCAGACACACCAGCCACCCAUCCGAGCCCAGUUUCUCACAAAGCCUGAGGCGUGAAGAGAAGCUGCCAAUUCGGACAGCUCCCCCAUCCGUUACGGAUGAUUAUGACCCGUCAUCUCGUAGCUAUGGCCUAGCAUCACAUCUGGGCGAAUCUAACGAACCUGCCAUGACUGAGCGCGAGGCCAUGGAAACAGAGCUUAUCCGCGCUCUCAUCUCUUCCUACUUCAACAUCGUCCGCGAGUCCAUCGCCGACCAAGUCCCUAAGGCCAUCAUGCACCUCCUCGUCAACCACUGCAAGGACGUCGUCCAGAACCGCCUCGUCAGCGAGCUCUACAAGGAGGCUCUCUUUGAGGAACUCCUCUACGAAGACGACGGCGUCAAGAAGGAGCGUGAAAAGUGCGAGAAGCUGCUCCAGACGUACCGCGAGGCGGCCAAGAUUAUCGGCGAGGUUUUGUAAGAAAGAAGUAAGAUGAAAGAACAAGAACAAUUGGAAAAAAAAAAAGAAAUUCAAAACUCACGCUGGGAAAUGGAGAGACCAUUCUCCCAGGUUUUUUUUUUUUUCACCUUCUUAUCGCUUAUAAUGUUUCUCCCCCCUCACAAUACACGGCUCCAAGCAUACUUUAUUUCUGUCAUUGUUGCAAAAUAGGUAAUGAAACAGAAGGGAGAUGAUGAGAAAGGCCACAAAAUGGCUGUAUGUAGAAAAAAAACAGAAGAAAAUCAAAAUCAACAAAGCGGCGGAUUUACGAGGACGAAAAAAAAAGGGGGUGAUCAACGAAGGCGUCACGGGGUUUCCACUGAAGGUCAAAAGGCUGGGUAGGAUGGGGGGAAAAAAGAAGGGAAACAAAAAUCGCCCUUUUUUGGCCUUUCCUUCUUUUCAAAGAAAGGAGAAGAGGGAGAGAGGACUUGGAGAGAAGUGUACGAUGGCGCAUUUUCUUUCCUUUUGAAAUGUAAACAACUGUACAUGAUGGCAAUGGCACUGGAAGAGAGGGGAAGAAUAUCCGCGACCAUGGCUGCAAGCGACUUUUAUAUUCUAUAACUACACCACUCGACUUUGUUGUCACGUCUCCAAUUACCAGAAAUAUACUUUUGACCGUAUUUGUUUAAAUGCG